AUGGAAAAAGGAAAAUCAGCACCAGGUCUUACCUCUUUACAUUGUUAUUGCUUGUUUUUUCAUCGGUACUUAUUACCUUGCCAUCAUAUAUUCCAUGAACAUGCGUAUGGCGUUACAAAACUCUUAACAUCUGAUGUAUGGGAGAAAUUUCAGCGAAUGUUUGAUGAAGCUGGAUUUGACAUAUAUAUUUCUCGUGGGUUGGUUGAUUUGGAGGUGCCUAGGAUGACUGAAGCUGAAAAAGCAACAGAGAACAGACGGUUAGCUGUAAGUGAAUUAAUGGAAAGAGUUCGUGAUAUGUAUUGGAGAGUAGAAGAGACAGGUAAUAUAGAACAAACUGGUACAUUUAUUAGAGAAUUAAAAAAUUGUAUAGAACCUGUUUUAAAUAAUCAGAUGGCAUGA